AUGGCAUCCAUGAAAACAUCUCCAAGUCUGGUCAAUUUCUUUAUUUACAAUUCCACUUUUGGACCUAAGGAAGGAAUGGUAUGUUCUUUUUUUCGUUUUGUUCCAUACCGAUGUUUACUCAAUGGCGUUCAUCGUUCGUGGAAAGCAAAUUAAACUUCAUUCAACCUUUCCAGAGUUCCUGUGAUCAUGAGUUCCUGUGAUCAUGAGUUCCUGCAACAGUCGUGUGCAAGUUAUAUCCAGUUUUGUGAAUUUCUGAAUUUUUUUAGGGUUUAAAUAGGUCGUAUUUUGGAAAGGGUAUCCAUUGAACGGCCAUCCUAGCCCUGAAUGCUACUCAGAAGGUCUCUUUAUUAGUAGCUGGAUCGAGGAAACCUGAAAUUAGGUGAUUUUAAUAAUACUUUGUUUGUGAGUUUGUUUUUUUUUUUCAAACAACAGGAAAAGGAAAAGAUAAUUCUCUACAUCCCGACUGGCGAAGAACUAGACAAGAAAAUAAAAAACAUUGGCCUUUGUGAAGCAUUGGUUAAGUUCACUGAGUAAGAUGAAAUCUCCUUGAAGCUGUCUUGUACUUGUUAGAGACGUUUUCGCAGUGUCAGAAAAAUAUUAUAAUUUUAUAUAUUUGUAUGCGAGCUCAUUAGCAAUCCAGGGUUCGCAAAACUGUUCAGCACUUGCAUGGUGCUAAUCUAGCAAUCGAUUCCAAUCACCACUCCUAAUAUACAUCUGUAAAUAAAAAACAAAAACAGAAGUCAAGUGAAACAAAUCAUGGUUAAAAACCCUAACAAGUGGGUGGGAGGCCAAUAGGUCUACUGCAUACAAGAAAAUUUAAUUUUUGAUUUGUUACACAUUUUUUUCAACUUGCAUACUGUAGGACAUUCUCACCAGAAAAACCAUGCAACUCUUUGCACACACAGAAAACAAGACAGGUCUUCUUUGAAGCAGAACCAGAAUUCUGGAUGAUCAUGGUAGGUGUUUUUUGGUUUGUGAGAUAUGCAAUAGUUUCAUAAAUCAGCAUUUGAAAAGGUAGCAUUUAAUUUCUAUGAAAUCCCAAUCAUGGAUAUCUUGCCUUGAGCUAACCAACAGGUACAACAGUAUUUUUUAACCCUUUAACUCCCAGAUCAAAUUUGAAAUUCUCCUUAAUGUCAACCAUGGAAUUCAUAUAAUGUUAGUUCAGAGAAUUUAGUAUUGGAUCAACUAAUUAUCCCCAAAUUGAAAUUUUUCUCAAUUCUCAUCACUUAUCAGUUUGAUAUUGCAUUGAUAUUGUAAGGAGAAAUUCUACCUUGGUCACUCAUGGGAGUUAAAGGGUUAACACUUAGGUAACUUGAAAUUAAUUUUGCAGACAGUGAGCAUUCCCUUCAGUGAGAAGAUGACUAAGGAUGGCAAGAUGUUUGUUGAAUAUCAUGAUGAAGAUGUUUUGGUGAGUACCAAUACUUGUUUCCUUCUGUAAAUGAUGGCUUAAACAUAUUUUCUUAGUUAUUGAUUCUUUAUUCCCCACUCAGGAUUCUGUGCUAGAUGGUGUUUUAAAACAGGCAUACAAAAUGUUUAAGGUAAGAGAAAAGUGUGCGUAUUGGGAGAGGGAGGGGUGGACGAAUGUGUUUGUAUUAGGGGAGGAGAGGGAGGAGGAUGUAGACUGAGAGUCUUACCAGCAGCUCUCUCCAAUUGCUAUUCAGGUUACAGCUGUAGGUUACUAUGUGUGAAUAACUUUUUUUGGCAUUUAACAAGGUGAAAUAAAUCUGUUAUAAUAAUUGGCUGUUUUCUCUGAUUGUUAAUGAAAUUAAUGACUGUGUAUAUAUGAAAGUCAUAUAUUUGAAAUGCAGAUAAAGACAUGAAUAUGAAAUCGAUCUUCACAGUAAUGAACGCUACUUGAAAUGUAGUGAAAAUAAGGCCUGGAGAAAUAUUGGUUUAUUUGGAACCAACAUAAUGACCAGCUCUUAGUUGGCUUGUUAGUGCAGUUGGUGGAGUGCUGCACCAGUAUCACAGAGGUCAUGGGUUCAAGUCCUGUACAUGCCUGAUUUUUUUUUUCAGGCCUUAUUUUCACUACUGCUCAAGUAGUGUUUAUUACUGUGAAGAUUACUUUCAUAUUCACGUCUUUAUAGAAUGUAAACAAUUACAAACCCACUGUUAGUUAAUUAUUACCAUUGAUUUCUAAAUAAAUAACUGAUGGGUGUUUCUCAGCUUUUCAAUGGCACAUUCUCCUACAUUUUGAAGACCUACAACAUUGAAGCUCUAUGUAAGAGAUUGGAGCAUUUUUAUACCUCUGUAAGUAAACACACUUUCCUGUUCUCUAGAUGUUUACUUUUGUAGAUUUAAAUUUUCUAUCAUUGCAGUAGACAGUGUUAAUAAUGAUUAGUCAUAAGAACCAUAAUUAGAUCAACUAUUAACAAUAUAUUUUAUAACGUAUUAUUAUAUAUUGUUAAAUAUAUUGUCACAAUAUAUACAAUAUAUUGUUAAUAGUUGAUUUAAUUAUGGUUCUUACCUACUGUAUUCAUUAAAUCUUACUUUAAUCCUUGUCAUGUCAUCUUGAAACCUUUUUGCUUACAACUUCAGUUGUGUUCGGUAUUACUGAUUUUUUAGAAGUUGAAAGUUGCUGCUAAAAUAAUUUUGCAAUCAUUUUAAGUAUUUACAGACCCUCAACUUCUCUCAGUUUAACCUUUUGGAUGUCUUUUCUGGUGAGUUAGUCAAGACAAAUUAUAAUAAAUUAAUUCAUUAAAUUAAGUAUUUUUAAAGGGAAAAGGUAAAAAUUUACUUCCUCAUGAAGACUUUUGAAGAUAGUGUAUCUAGUCAUAUUUACAGAAAGUUGAAAAACGUUUAAUUUAUAUGUUUAACUAUAUGCAAAAAAUUUCUUUUCUCACUCUGCUUAGUUAAUAUUGUCUUUGUCAACUUCUUCUUUUGUAUUUUCAACAAUAUUUACUUUGCCAUUUGCAGACAAAUGUUGAAUAAUCAAAAGGAUUUGCUAAUUUUUAUAACCUUUUUUUUUUUAAGGGAUCAAUUUUCUACCAUUAGAUAAAAACACCUUUUUAAGGAUACAAUCUUUUAUCAAUGUGAUUGAACAUACAUUCAGGUAAUUGUUUUUAAGUAAUGACUAGUGAAGAGGAGUUGUUUCUUUGGGUGUACAUUUGUAAGGAAAAAUUGUUUUCACAGACAAUUUGUAAAUUCACAAUUACUAAAUGCAACUGCCAAAUUUUUGGCCGGUUUUUUCUCUCCUGUAAUUUUGUCUCAUAUUUUAGAGCAAUGUAUUUAAUAACCCUCUCUGAAUAGUGUUAAUUCUUGUGAACAAAAUACAUGUAAGCAAAUUAAAUGUAUCCUCUGGUUUUCCUGUUCUUGAUCAUUCAAACUUCAAACAGUUGAAUUUCUCAGUUCAACUCUUGUACUGAUUAUUACCUAAUAUCAGUUGAAUAUCUUUUUGGCUAUGUCUUAUGAUCCAUUGUAUUUUGCGACAAAAUGAAAACCUUGCUCUUUGUAACUUACCUUUUCUUUUUAAAUUACAUUUGGUGUAUGCCUCUACUUAAUUGUUAUCUUACCAUUGAAAAUGUUAAUAAAACUGAUCUCUCUUUCAGCCAAGUAAGAUAUACAUCCUUCCUUUAUUCCGAAAAACUGGUCUGGUGAGUGAUGAAUGAUCUAUAAUAAUAAUAAUUUUAUUGUUUUAUUAUAAUUUAAUGUUUACCACUGUUGAUAAUAAUUCUAUUCUUGUUGUUUUCAAGGUGGAGCAAUAUAAACUGCUGACCCAAAAAUUUUUUUAAUUCUGAUAGGUUUAUGCUGACCAGUGACUAAACUCAACUGGCUAACAAUAUUGUUUCAUCUUAAUAUUCACCAUAUUUGGUUGCUAAACUGUUAACUGUUUAAAAAAUUUGUUGCUUCUCAUUACACUCACAGGAGUGGUCUUGAACAGGAAGACAUGCGUAUCCUUUACAAGUACUUGGUGACAAGUUUAUUUCCUUCCACAAUAGACUUAGAGGUACUUAUUAUGCUCUCUGCAUAUUUUAACUUAACCCUUUACCUCCAAGACCAAAUGUGUAAUUCUAUCUACUGUCAACUAUACAACUCUUAUCAUGUUAGUUCAGAGAAUUUAGUAUUGGAUCAACUAAUUAUUCCCAAAUUGAUAUUUUUCUUUAUUCUCAUAACUUAUCUGGUUGAUAUUGUAUUGAUAUUGUAAGGAGAAAUUCUGUGUUGGUCACUCAUGGGAUUGAAAGAUUGUACAGUUGUAACUCUGAUUUUUUUCUCUUUUUCUAUGUUUGUUAUUUGCUGUACAGAAUUAUUGUUAAUUAGUCAAGAGUAAUCCUCAAACUGGUUAUUCAGCUGAGUGGUCCUGAUACGUAGGUGUAAAAAAUAUUUUAAAAUCAAAUUUUUUUAUCUGUGGUUCUUCUCCCUCUAGAGUAUGGAAAAUCCAAGAUCCCAAGGGUAUGUUGUAGUUCAACCCAAGCCUCACCAUGGAAGGUAACACUACAUCAAAAACUGACCAUACUUCAACUUUAUUAAAAUGAUUCAUCCCUUACUAGCUUAAGGCACAAGUUGAUGAAAAUCAAGCAGGAGUUAGGGAUGGAGAGGUGACAACUUUCCUCUUAAUGACUAUGCAAGAGACUCUUGCAGAGACUGCCUGCAUGAUGAGAGAAUCAGAAUUGAAAAUGAAACAUGUUCAGACUUGAUUGAUGGGAUUUUUCCAUGCACAAGGUCAAUAUGUUCACUCACAAAGGAAAACUAGGACAUUAAAUUCUGAAUUAGGAUGUCAAGAGUUUUUCUCUAUUUUCAGGUUCAUAACAGGUCCCACUGAAUUGGAUGACGUUCCAAUACCAAGACAACCACCAAAGAUAUUUGUUAACACAGAUUCUGAACAAGAAGAACUUAUAUUAGUGGUGUACAAGGUACAGAGUAUGGGGUGAUGUCAAAAUGGAGUGGAGAACAAAUUACUGAUUUGAGAGACUUGCUGUCUAUUAGUUAAUGGCUUGUGAACUAGGCUCCCAGUUCAAAAGAUCAAAUUUUGGUAAACAUACAUGCAAUUAAUUCAGAAUAAAUAAGCACUUGUGAAUUUUUUUCAAGAAUACAAUAAUUUUUAAUUGCUUUUAAAAUAAAGUUGGUAAAAAUUUUCCAUUGGGAGAGUUUUGUUAUUUUUCUCAAGUGAUAAUACUUUUAUUGCUACCAAAAAAAAUUGUGUUUUAACCCCAAGAUCUGAUUGUUAAUUCUCCCCUCUAAAUGGCACACAAUUCCUUGUAAAUAAGUUAUGAGAAUUUGGUAACAACUCCUUCCUGAUAAGUUUGAGUAUUCUCAUCACCUAGUGGCUGGAUAAUGUAAGGAUAUUAUAGGGAGAAGUUACUAGUUAAUCACUUGUGGGAGUUAAUGGGUUAAUUGGUUUUGAAUUCUUUUCUUUCCUGACCAGGCGCUUGAAGCAACAAUAUGCCUGAUGAUCUCUGGUACGUCAAAUGCUGAUACGAUGAUGCUGAUUAGCAGGCUUCUAAAUAAAUAUAAAUUGUUUAUUGAUCAGAUUUUUAAAUUAACUACUUUCUCAACAAUUACCAUUAUGUUAAUUAGAGGUGAUAUUUUGCUCUUUCAGGUUCAUACCCAACUCUAGACUUUUUUAGGAAGAUUGACAACUUUAUUGGCCCUCAACUUACUACACUGGCCAAUAUUAUUGGUGAGCAAAGUGCCAAGAAACAGCAAAGGUAUUUUAUAUAUUAUUCCAAUAAUUAUCUGCUUAAUUUAUGAACUCUCAUUUUGUUAAUUUUCAUCACUAUCCUCUUGUGAGACUUGUCAGUUUAGCUGUUUUAAUGUUUUCUUGAUCAUGUAUAGCUCAGACCAACAAUAUCGCUAUCUGUACUUCAACCACAUGAACUUGGCUCAGAAGUCAUCUGUUCACUCCAAAAAGUCAUCACUUCCAUGUGUUGCACCUGAGAUAAUGAGGCUUAUGGGUGACAUAAGUGCUGACUUUGCAAGGUAAAGUUUUAACAGUCUUAAAUCAUUCUAACUAGAAAGUGGUUGUGUACAUUGAAACUAUUUAGCUAAAAGUAUAAAAAUUAUCUUCUCACCAUUCUUAAUAAACAUACCAUACAGUAAUUUUCACAUCAGCAUACUAAAAUGUAAUACUUCUGUCAUAAAUGUUGGCUUUUUCCAGAGUAAUUUCAUGAACUAAUAAAUAAUUAUAAAAUUAAUGGUUUUGCUCUAUCUUUAGUUUUCAGGAGGAUGGUGAAACAUUUGUGAAAACAAUGUCAGAUUGCUGGAUUGUGGGAAGAAAAUCUGACCAACGAGAAUUAUUUGUGAUCUUAAAUCAAAAGAGUGCAAACCUCAUAGAGAUUGAUGGUGAGUGGUUUGAACUUAAUUUUUCAUCACACUUAUGAUAAGCCAAAGAUGAAUUACUGCAAAGUGUAAACAAUAAUAGGGGUUUAUUGAUUUCCCUCAAUAAUGCUGCAAUUUCAAUUACUUUGCAGAGGAAGUUAAAAGAUUGGGCAUCACACAAUUUAACAACAUCUUCUUCCUGGACUAGCAUGAAGAAAAACAGUGGUACUGCAGGCAACAAACAUAUAGUGGCUGUCUCAGGGUAAAAUGGUCACUCAAAAUAGAUUAUCUAGUAAACAAGAUGUGGGCUGACCUCCCUUUUUGGACAGGGAAAUGUCACUCUGUCAAUGAAACGGUAGAAUAGUUGGGAUCUUGGCAUGAAAUGGAACAAAAUUUUUUAUCAAAAUUGCAGGAAUGGGAAUGGAAGUCUAAUGGCUCUAAAAAAACAGCAAUCUCAAAUAGGAAGAAGGACAUAUCCAAAAAAGUAUGAAAUUAAUUUAGUGAAACAAAUUUAAAAAUAAAAGUUAUGAAAUAUGCUUUCCUCUAUUUUCUCUUUUCUGUGGUGUAGAUGUUAGUAAAUCAAAUGUAAAUGUAAGUGAAUUACAAUUAUUGGAAGUGGAAAUUUUUCAAAUAUUGUUAUUAUGUUGUAUUUAACAAUUGGUUCAUACAUUGGUAUGCAUUCAUUGAGAUAUGAAGCAAGCAGGAAGUUUGAAGAGCACAAAAGAUGCAUAAAAGUUGCUCGAGGCAUAGCCUCGAGCAUAGCUU